CUUCUAUUUCAAAAUUUGGCGUUUGGUCAUUCAGAGUUCUUGUAUACUUGGCCCGAGUUGGUAGGUUUUUUCAAGAAUUUCAGCCAUUCCAAUGGACCUUACCGGUGUCCUCGAAGCCACUGUCUCUCCAGAUCUAAAUGAGCUACAGGCUGCACAGAAAUACUUGGAGCAAGCUGCCGUUGCAAGUUUACCACAGUUUUUGGUUGCCUUGGCCUCUGAAUUGAAGAAUGUUUCGAAGUCUCAAGUUGCCCGAAUGGCGGCGGGUUUACAGCUUAAAAAUCAGUUAACAUCGAAGGAUCCCAAUGUUAGAGUUCAAUUUCAGCAGAGAUGGCUCACUUUGGACAGUACGAUCAGAAUUCACGUACGACAGUCGGUKAUUGAAACACUUGGAACAGAAACUGCCCGGCCGGCCAUUGCACCUCAAUGUAUYGCAGCUAUUGCUUGUGCAGAGAUCCCAAACCAUGAAAAUUUAGAGUUAAUUGAGACAUUAGUUGUUAAUGUGACCAACUCUCCCAGAGACUUAGAGGCACUAAGGGAACAGACAUUAGAGGCUAUUGGAUACAUAUGUCAGGAUAUUGACCCAGAGCAUUUGGUCACCAUGGGAAACAAAAUUCUUAUGGCUAUUAUGCAAGGCAUGCAAAAAGAUGAACGGAGUGACAAUAUUCGACUGGCUGCUACAAAAGCUCUGCUUAACUCYUUAGAAUUUACCAAGAAAAACUUUGAAACAACGACUGAAAGAAACUACAUCAUGGAAGUUGUUUGUGAAGCUACACAGAGCACUGAAACAUCAAUAAAAGUCGCAGCAUUACAGUGUCUGGUYAAGAUAAUGUCUCUAUAUUAUCAACAUAUGGAGGAGUACAUGAAGAUUGCAUUGUUUGCUAUAACAGUAGAAGCCAUAAAAUCAAGCUGUGAUGAAGUUAGUCUUCAAGGCAUUGAAUUCUGGUCAACAGUCUGUGAUGAAGAAAUGGACUUAGCAAUUGAAGCUGCUGAGGCUCAAGAACAAAACAGAACCCCAGAGCAAACAAGUAGAUUUUAUGCCAAAGGUGCUCUUCUACAUCUUGUUGGACCAUUAACAGAUUCACUGAAACGCCAGGAAGAGUUUGAUGAUGAAGAUGAUUGGGUUCCUUCUAAAGCAGCUGGAGUUUGUUUAAUGUUGCUGGCUCAGUGCUGUGAAGAUGAUGUUGUUGCUCCUGUAUUGUCAUUUGUGCAAUCAAACUUUCAAAGUGCUGAUUGGAGAGACAGAGAUGCUGCCAUCAUGGCAUUUGGUGCAAUCCUGGAAGGACCUGAUAGUGCUGCUUUAGAACCUUACAUUACUAGUGCCUUAUUACCAGUUCUGUCUGAAAGAAUGGCUGAUCCAAGUGUGGCUGUAAGAGACUCUGCUGCUUGGGUUAUUGGCCGAGUCUGUGAACUAAUGCCUCAGACAAUUAUCAAUGAUAAAUUCCUGAAUUUGAUAGUAACAACUCUUAUCCACAACUUAACAGCAGAACCAAGAGUUGCGGCUAAUGUUUGCUGGGCCUUCAAUUCUUUGAGCGAAGCAGCGUAUGAAGCUGCUAGUGAUCCCAAUGUCGAUGAUGAACCAGCAACAUAUUGUCUCUCAAGUUACUUUCCAACAAUUGUUGAGAAACUUCUACAGGUGACAACAAGGCCGGAUGCAAACCAAUGUAAUUUACGUAGUGCAGCUUACGAAGCAGUGAUGGAGUUGAUCAAGAAUAGCGCAAAGGAUUGUUAUGCUGUWAUUCAAAGUACUACACUUUUCAUCAUAGAAAGAUUGCAACAUAUUCUACAAAUUGAGAAACAAGUCCAAAACAMUGAAAGAAGCCAAUACAAUGAUCUUCAGUCAUUACUCUGUGCAACAUUACAGAGUGUCCUAAGAAAGAUCAAUCCAGAAGAUGCCCAGCAAAUUGCUGAUCCCAUUGUGAAUGCACUGCUUCAAAUGUUCGAUGCCUCCACAAGAGAAAACAUCAGUGGGACUCAGGAAGACGCAUUAAUGGCUGUAGGAACUUUAGUAGAAGUGAUUGGUGUUAAUUUUGUUAAAUACAUGGAUCAGUUUCUGCCGUACCUGGAGGUUGCACUAAAGAAUAUUGCAGAAUAUCAGGUUUGUAUUGCAGGAAUAGGUCUUGUGGGUGAUUUAGCAAGAGGACUWGGAGCAAACAUUACGAAGUACACAGAUUUGUUUAUGGACAUYUUUUUAAGACAUCUUGCUGAUGAAAAUGUUCACAGAUCUGUGAAGCCUCACAUUCUAUCAGCAUUUGGCGACAUUGCUCUUGCAAUUGGCAAYUACUUCAAUAAGUAUUUUGAUCUUGCUAUAAGUGCAUUAAAAYUGGCUUCUGAAUUUAGAGUUGACAAGCCUGAUUACGAUAUGAUWGACUACAUWAAUGAGUUGCGUGAGGCWUGUCUAGAGGCCUACACUGGAAUCAUUCAGGGACUCAAGGGUGACAAUGAAAAAGCUGUCAGUCCUGACGUCCAAAUAAUGAAACCUCACAUUGCACAUAUUGUUAUAUUCUUGGAGUUAAUCGCUGAAGACCCAGAAAGAUCUGAAGGAACAGUAACAUGUGCCAGUGGACUCAUCGGGGAUAUCUGUGAAGCAUUUGGUGGAGUAGUGCACCCCAUGUUAGACAAACCAAGUAUUAAUGAACUAUUACAAGAAGGAAGAAGAUCCAAGAACUCCAAAACUAAACGAGUUGCCACRUGGGCAUCACGGAAGCUGCGGGCCUUGAAGCAGCUUUAGUUUACCAAGAGGAGAGAGCUACUGUGAGAGAGCGAGCGUGAGCGCAAUUGCGAGUGUGCGUGAAACUGGAGACGGAUGUGGAGAUUCAAGGACUUCAUCUGACUGGACAACGUACAGACACACACAUCACUUACCACAGUUGUCUGCAAGAAUUGUGAAGAUAGAUGCAGAAAAUACCACACAUUACAAAACACCGAUUUUGGUGGUACUUCAAACCGACAGAAUUGCMGAACUAAUGUUCAAUAAAAUGCCAUGUUAGAGUGAUCUUACUUUGAAAAUUUGUCCUGCGCAGAAUUAUUUUGUAAAAUUAUCACAACAAAUCCCUUUUGACAUUUUAUAUAAGGGAUUUCAAAUUUGGAGACUAGUAAAAUCACUCUGAUAAUGGGCAAAAUAUCUCCUUUCCAUGAGAUAAAAAUGAACUCGAUUUGAUAUUAUAAAAUUACAGUGAUGUACACAAUGUUAAACCAUCUAAGAAUACCUGAUGCCAGUGAAAGUAGAGUAUCCUUAUAGUUCAGUAUAAAUUGGUGCCAAUGGUCAUUUUUAGAUUUUGUGAAUGAAUUUAAUUUGUCAGAUACAGUAUUAAUUGUGAACUACAUGAGUUUUCAACUUGUAGUUGGUAACUUGCUGUAAUAAAAAUCUUCUGAAACAUCUCUGUAAAA